AUGUCACCACUCUUCACCAUUUUGAUCACACCAGAGAAAAAAGCGGAAUCACUAGAAGUCCUGAUAGACUCAGGCGCCACCUCAUCUUUCCUCCACCCCCGUACCGCGGAAGCACUCCACCUCCCUCUCAUAGAUCUCCCUUCACCCCGCACCGUUACUAUGCUUGAUGGGUUGAGCCCCCAGGCUGGCAAAAUUUGGAAGAAGGCUAACCUAACCUUCUCCUUUGAUGGCAAACAUAUGACUGAGACCUUCUUAAUUUGCAACACAGGGUCCCACGCCGCCAUCUUGGGAUUGAAAUGGUUAGAUGCCCAUAAUCCAGAGAUCAAUUGGAAUCAACGCACCCUCUCCUUUCCCCAUGCACCACCAGAACAUGUAGCCAUUGCUGAAGAGGAGGAAGCUGAUCAAAACCCCCUCAAAGGAGUCCCUUCCAAAUACCAUCAAUACGCCAAGGUAUUUGGAGAGGAAGAGUUCAAUAAGCUUCCCCUGCACCGGCAUUAUGACAUUGGGAUCAAGCUAACAGAAGAAGGCCCCUUGAACUCUCUGCUAUAUAGCAUGACUGACGCCAAAUCCGCCACGCUCAAAGAUUGGCUCAGGGAUGAACUCAAGGCAGGCAAGAUCCGCCCCAGUAAAUCUUCUAUCAGUUCCCCCGUAAUGUUCGUACCCAAAAAGGAUGGUUCCCGCCGUUUGGUUGUUGAUUAUUGCCGCCUUAACAACUGCACCAAGAAGAACGUCUACCCGCUUCCCCAUCCAGACAACCUCAUGGCCCAGCUCUGCGGUGCCAAGGUCUUUACUAAGCUAGACUUACAUUGGGGUUACAACAACGUAUGGGUAAAAGAAGGUGACAAAUGGAAGACUGCAUUCCAAACUAAGUACAGCCUCUACAAAUCCCUGGUUAUGACCUUUGGCUUAACAAACGCCCCUGCCGCCUUUCAGCAUUUCAUGAACAAACUAUUCAAGGAUUUGCUGGAUGUAUGCGUCAUCAUUUACCUUGAUGACAUCCUGAUAUACUCUAAGGAUGACGCAUCACAUACACAACACGUUCAUGAGGUCCUGAAGCAACUAAUGGAGAACCAACUGUUCUGCAAGGCAUCCAAGUGCACGUUCCACGUCACCUCUGUGGAAUACCUGGGAAUCAUUGUCUCAGAUAAGGGUUUUAGCCUGGAUAAGCUCAAAAUCCAGGCGGUACAAGAAUGGCCAGUACCUACUAAGGUUAAAGAAGUCCAAUUGUUUCUAGGAUUCGCCAACUUCCUUUGUUGUUUUGUUGCCAACUUUAGCCACAUGGCUAGACCGUUACAUAACUUGGUCAAGAAAGACACGCCGUGGAAGUGGGACACCAAGGAACAAGAAGCCUUCCAAGGAUUAAAGGAUGCCAUUACCAACGCCCUGGUCCUUUGCCACGCUGAUCCGUCCAAACCCUACUUCCUGGAAACAGAUGCCUCCGGCGCAGCUCUAGGUUCCAUACUCAGCCAACAACAGGAAGACGGCCGCUUGCACCCACUAGGGUUCCUAUCAGAGUCCUUCAAAGGUGCUGAACAGAACUACAACACCCACAAUAAGGAACUCCUUGCAAUCAUAUGUUCCUUUGAGUACUGGCAGAUCUUCUUAGAAGGAACCAAGCACCCAGUCACUGUGUUUACCGACCACCGCAACCUAGAAUACUGGAAGGAAUCCUGCACAUUCAACCAACGCCAUGCACAAUGGCACUUACUCCUUGCCGGGUAUAACUUCCAAAUCAUAUACAGGCCAGGAAAACAAUUGGGAAAACCAGAUGCCCUGUCACAACAAUUGGAUCACGCAGACAUUCCACCAGAACCCCAGUCCAUGUUGCCAGGCCCAGUAUUUGCCAACGUUGCCUUAGUUACACUGGAGAAAGAGCUACAACGCCAGAUUGAGUCAUCCCUGGACCAGGACAAAUCACUGGAGGAAAUCCUCCAGUUCCUACAAAACAAGUCCAAAGCACCCCCUUCUAUCAAACGCGCGUUUAAAGAUUACAAGAUGGAGGCUGGUCUACUUUUCUACCAAGGACGGAUUGUAGUCCCUGACGUUGGAACACUAAGGACGGACCUACUCCGCAUCUUCCACAACAGUCCCUUGGCAGGACACCCGGGAAGACAGCGCACCCUGGAGUUGGUAUCAAGGAGCUACUACUGGCCUGGCAUCCGUGCUGACACCUACUGGCACGUGGAUUCCUGCAAGACUUGUCAACGGAUCAGGAAGCCCAAAUACGCGUCCAUUCCCCCUCAGCCUCUUGAACUCCCCGUCAGGCCCUGGCAGCACGUGUCUUACAACAUGAUAGUAGACCUCCCUAAGGACGGAAGCAACAACUCAAUCCUAGUAAUUGUCAACAGUUUCACAAAGUACGGGAUAUUUGUAAAAUGCUCCAAGAAACUCAAGGCACCCAAGUUAGCGGAACUAUUCCUGGAAAAUGUGUGGAAAUGCCAUGGUAUGCCAGAAAAGACCAUAUCCAACCAAGGGAGGGUCUUCAACAACAAAUUCUUACGGGCUCUAUACAAACACCUUGGCAUUGACCCUCAUUUUUCCUCUGCCUAUCACCCCCAGAGCAACGGACAAACGGAACGCAUCAACCCCUCUAUUGAACAUUUUCUCAGGGCUUACUUGGGGGUUAAUCAAAGCAGCACGGGCAAGACCCCUUUCAAAGCCUUGUAUGGAUGGGAACCUACAUUAACCCCAUCAAACGUACCAACGGAUGUACCAGAAGCGGACGACCUGGCCCAAGCAAUGGAGGCACAGUGGAAAGAAGUGGAGUUGGCGCUCCGGCAGUCUAAACAACGGAUGAUAGCCGGAGAGCAAGGAAACCCAACAGAAUUUGGGAUUGGAGAAGAAGUUUGGCUGGACGCCAAAAAUGUCAACCUCAAAACCCUGAGUCCCAAGCUAACGGAACAACGCCUAGGACCAUUCAAGGUUAUUGAAAAAAUCUCCGACCAAGCUUACUGCCUAGAACUCCCUCCAACAAUGCAAAUCCACAAUGUCUUCUACGUAGGACUCCUAUCUAAGGUCAAGAGGGACAAAAAACGCACCUUCAAGAAUUGCCCUCCACCAGUCACCGUGGACGGAGAAGAAGAAUACAAGGUGGAAGGGAUAACCAAUGCCAAAGAAAGGAAUGGGAAGUGGUUUUUCCAAGUCAAAUGGAAGGGGUAUGGAUCUGAAGAAAACACGUGGGAACCCCAAGAAAACUUAAAAAAUGCGGAAAAUUUUUUAGAAAAAUACGAAAAAGAUAUGAAAAAGAAGGCCCUUGGCGCUGCCAAGGCCCUUAGAGGGGGGGCAGUGUUGUAG